ACUCUGAGCUACACUCAGACGUGUAGUCGCAGUCGAACUGAUAGAUUGGGAUCGGACGGGUCUGGUCUGUUCUGGUUCUAUCGUGGCAGUGUGUACUUUCAGUAUUUCCUCGUUGAUUGCAAGCGACGGAAGUUAAACCCUAAAAUUACCGCAAAUUAAUAACUAAAUAAGUACGAAACGCACGCAAGAUAUGGAAAUACGUGUGGGCGUAGGCGAUCUGAUGAAAAUGGGCACCAAGCUGGUGGGCCACAAGAUCGUACAAUACCGGCUGGCCACCAAGCAGACGAAGGUCAUCAGCACUAGGAACGGCCAGGUGAAGGGUCUGCGCCGGAAGACCCUCUACGACGAGGAGCUGUACUAUGCCUUCGAGGGCAUACCGUUUGCCCAGCCCCCGCUGGGGGAGCUGCGUUUCCGAGCCCCGGAGCCGGCAGCGCCCUGGCAGGGCAUACGCGACUGCACGUAUCCUCGGGCCAAGCCCAUGCAGAAGCAUUUCGUGUUGAGCAUCGUCGAGGGUUCCGAGGAUUGUCUGUAUCUGAAUGUUUACGCCAAGAAGUUGGACACGGAGCAGCCGCUGCCGGUUUUGGUGUGGAUCUACGGCGGUGGCUUUCAGAUCGGCGAGGCCUCCAGGGAUUUCUACAGUCCGGAUUACUUUAUGAAGCAGGAUGUGAUCCUGGUCACUUUUAACUACCGCGUGGGUGCCUUAGGUUUCCUGAGCCUUGCCGAUCGCGAUUUGGACGUGCCCGGCAAUGCGGGACUCAAGGAUCAGGUGUUGGCCCUGCGCUGGGUGCGGGAAAACAUCUCGCAAUUCAAUGGCGAUGCAAAUAAUAUCACGCUGAUGGGCGAGAGUGCUGGGGCCGCCUCCACGCACAUGAUGAUGACCACGGAACAGACGCGCGGACUCUUCCACAAGGCCAUCAUGCAGUCGGGUUCCAUGUACAGCGAGUGGGCCAGCGAGCCACGUGGGAACUGGGCCUAUCGGCUCGCCUGCUCCAUCGGAUAUUCCGGCAGCGAGAAUGAAAAGGAGGUCUUCCGGUACUUGCAACGCGCCUCCGCCAGUGACUUGGCGACGCACUGCAUUGCUUUGAUCACGCAGGAGGAGAAGCGCAACUAUGUCCUGUUUGCUUUCACGCCAGUGGUAGAGCCGUAUGUGACCAGCGCUUGCGUGAUGCCCAAGCCACAUCGCGAGAUGGUCGCCGAUGCCUGGGGCAAUGAUAUCCCCCUGAUCAUUGGCGCCAACUCGUUUGAGGGUCUGUUCUCCUACCAGUCCACCAUGCAGGAUGCGGAUCACAUGCUCAGCGCCUUUGAGGCGCUGAUACCACGGGAGGUCCGCGACCAGGUGACUCCCGCAGAGCUCAAGGAUCUGAUAAGGGAAUUUAAGAUCUCGAACUUCGAUGAUGCCACGCGCGGUCGGAUGGAGUUCAACGAGUGCCUCCACCUGCUGUCCAUCAAGCACUUCUGGCACGGAAUACACCGCACGGUGCUCUCCCGCCUGGCCCUGGCACCCACCACGCCCACCUACCUGUACCGCUUCGACUUUGAUUCCCCGCACUUCAAUCACUUCCGAACGGUGAUGUGUGGCCGCCAUGUACGCGGCGUUAGCCAUGGCGACGACGUCUCCUACCUGUUCUACUUGCUGCUGGCCACCAAGCUGGACAAGUCUUCGAUGGAGUACCGCACCAUUGAGCGGAUGAUUGGAAUGUGGACAGCCUUUGCCGCGAAUGAUAAUCCAAGUUGUCCGCAAAUAUCCCCCGUGAUGUGGGAUGCUUUGGACACAAAUGGUCCACAGAUGUGCCUCAAUAUUGGACACAAUUUGGAGUUCUUUGAGCUGCCCGAAACGAAGCAGCUUCGUAUGUGGGAUAGACUUUACGAUAAGCAGAAUAAUAAUGAAAUGAAACUGUCCCACACGGCCAGUGUUUCCGCCUCGGGAAGCUCGAUCAUCUCCAACUUUUGGCUGAUGUUCAAGCAAUGCUCUACACCGUUUUCGGUCCGCUCAACGGGCAGCCAUUCGGCCGGGGCAAUGGCCGGGCAAUUGGGAUCUCCGGUGGCUGCAAAUGCCGUCCACAUGCCCACCAUACGUUCAAUUGCAUGGGGCAGCAUGUCCUUGUGCCUCACCGGCACCACACAAUGUGACGUCUCGUACGGCUCCACGACUGGCCCAAAGGCGAACAACAAGAAGCUGCGUAUCUCCUCCCUGAUAUUUCAGGACAUCCGCAUCCUUUUCGCCGCCCUUGUAGCCCAUCUGCUGGGCCAACCGAUACGCCCACUGGUGGUCGGGGCUCUCCACCCAUUCGCUCAGAGCACAGCCCGACUGGAGAAUGGCCUUGUGGAAGAGGCCACGCGUCUGUUCGGUGGUCAUCAUGAUGUGCAGACAGAGAGUGGCCCUGUGGUGGGCCGACGCCGCACAGCCGUCUAUGGCGACGAGUAUGUGAGCUUCGAGAGAAUUCCCUAUGCCCUUCCGCCAGUGGGGCGUUUACGUUUCAUGAACCCGUUGCCGGUGACACCCUGGACGGAGCCCUUGGAUUGCACGGAGAAGGGCCCGAAGCCGUUACAAAUGCAUGAAAAGAAGUUUAUAGAGGGUGCUGAGGAUUGCCUGUAUUUGAAUGUGUAUGCCAGGAAGCUCCAUUCACCGAAACCACUGCCGCUCCUCGUCUACUUCUUUGGAGGCGGCUUCGAAAUCGGCGAUGCAACGACUGACAUGAACGGUCCCGACUACUUUAUGAUGCGCGAUGUGGUUGUGGUCACGAUAUCCUAUCGAGUCGGGGCCUUGGGCUUUCUCAGUCUCAAUGAUCCCGCCGUGGGCGUGCCCGGCAAUGCUGGGCUCAAGGAUCAACUACUGGGCCUCCAAUGGAUCUCCGCGAAUGCGGCCAGUUUUAAUGCAGAUCCCAAUAAUGUGACGGCGUUUGGCGAUAGUGCCGGGGCAGCCUCUGUCCAUUAUCUGAUGCUGAAUCCCAAGGCGGAGGGACUGUUCCAUAAGGCCAUUCUGCAGUCGGGCAAUGCGCUAUGUCCGUGGGCUGUUUGUCCGAAAGCAACCCAAAUGGCGAGGCGGCUGGCCGACCAGCUGGGAAUGGACAAUGUGGAUGCCGCCACCGAUGCCAUGAUCUUGGACUAUUUACAAGUCCAGCCGGGACACAGGCUGAUGGAGAACCGUCAGAUAAAUGUGUCUGAGCUCCUGGAUGGUUUUAUAGUCCAGUUGGGGCCAACUGUGGAGCCCUACGAAACUGAUCACUGUGUGCUGGCCAAGAAUCCCUCUGAUCUGCUGGCCACUGCCUGGGGCAACAAGAUUCCCGUUCUUAUGGGUGGCACCUCCUUCGAGGGUCUAAUGGUAUUGGGCCUAAUGAUCUCGAAGGACUUGCAAAGCGUAUUGAAAAUUCUUAAAAAUCAGCCUCAGCGUAUGCUGCCGUUUGAUCUCCAGCGGGUCCUGUCACGUAUCAACGCCCGAAAGUUGGGCCUGACCGUGCAUGCGAUGUAUUUCGGGACGACCGCACCGAUGGAGUCGAUGGAGGGAGAGGUGAACUUCUGCGAAUACAUCAGCGACAAGCACUUCUGGUUACCCAUAAUGGAUGUAAUCCGGUCACGCCAAGACCCUAGCCUGGCCCCCACGUAUCUCUAUUGCUUCGACUAUGACUCGCCGACGUUUAAUCACGAACGUAUCAGGUGUUGCGGGAAAGAGUCGGUUGGCACAUGCCAUUACGACGACCAUUCGUAUCUGUGGUUUGGAAACUUCUCAUGGAAGCUGCAAAAAGAUAUGCCUGAAUAUCUGACCAUCGAACGCAUGAUUGAUAUUGUGACCACCUUCGCCGAGACCUCUGAUCCCAACUGCCAGAGUGUCCUCAAGCAGCUUCAUCCUACGAUAAAAUGGAAGCCUAUAGUGGACGAUUUCGAGUGCCUCAACAUUUCGGACACUAUUAAAGUGAUGGAGGUGCCGAACUUGAAAAAGCUGAAGAUGUGGGAGAAGAUCAUCAAGACGAAAUAUUAAUUAUAAAGUGAAAAUGUAAGGGCAUUGAA